CUCACCCCCUGCCCCCAUCCGGCCGGAGUGUGAAGAGGAGGGCCCGGCCCAGCCCGCGUCGCGUGUGAGGAGGACCCCGGGCGGGCCCGCGGGCCGAGCGAGGCCUGAUCCGGCCCGCCGUGUGUGUGUGCGGCCCGGCUCGAGGGCGAGCGGAGGGGAGGGGCCUGGUCGGGCCCGGCCGGUGCGUGAGGACUGGGGCCCCGGCCCGCACGGCCGCCGCCGCGAUGGCCCAGCAGCAGAUGACCAGCUCGCAGAAGGCCCUGAUGCUGGAGCUGAAAUCCCUGCAGGAGGAACCGGUGGAGGGCUUCCGGAUCACCCUGGUGGAUGAGUCGGACCUCUACAACUGGGAGGUGGCCAUCUUCGGACCCCCCAACACCCUCUACGAAGGCGGCUACUUCAAGGCACAUAUUAAAUUUCCUAUUGACUAUCCAUAUUCACCUCCUACCUUCAGAUUCUUGACCAAAAUGUGGCACCCCAACAUUUAUGAGAAUGGAGAUGUAUGCAUUUCGAUUCUUCAUCCGCCUGUAGAUGACCCACAGAGUGGAGAACUGCCCUCUGAGAGGUGGAACCCUACUCAGAAUGUGAGGACUAUCCUGUUAAGUGUAAUCUCACUGCUUAAUGAGCCUAACACCUUCUCUCCAGCCAAUGUGGAUGCCUCGGUUAUGUUCAGGAAAUGGAGGGAUAGUAAAGGAAAAGACAAGGAAUAUGCUGAAAUCAUUAGGAAACAGGUUUCAGCCACUAAGGCCGAAGCAGAGAAGGAUGGAGUAAAGGUCCCCACAACCCUGGCGGAAUACUGCAUCAAAACUAAAGUGCCUUCCAAUGACAACAGCUCAGAUUUGCUUUAUGACGACUUGUACGACGAUGACAUCGAUGAUGAAGAUGAGGAGGAGGAAGAUGCCGACUGUUAUGAUGAUGAUGAUUCUGGGAAUGAGGAAUCGUGACGUGCUCCUUCAGUGCCCCUGCACUGCCCUGCCUUCUCAGGCCAAAGGGAGGGGAGCAAGUGGGGACCUAGCAGAGGCCCCUCAGCAAAAACCUAUUCACAGGGGGUGGGAAACACACAGCUCCUGCUGACUCCCCAUAUGGAUCUCAGUUUGCUCCUUUUUAUGGACCUUUAAUGGAGAGAAAAAUACCCUCCACAGAAUGUCUGAAUUCUUGCAUUCUUUACCCUUCCAUCACUGUAUUGAUUCUUUUUUUUUUUUUUUUUUUUAUGACAGCAACCCAAACUCUCACCUCACAUCGUCUACAGAAUGUUCACAGCAAAACACGUUUGGUCUGUUUUUAGAUUCUUGAAAAAUUAAAUAGUCUUUCAAGAUGUUUAAUGUGUUUAAAGCUGGGAACCCAUUUGGAGUUCACAAAUGCUGCAUAUACUGCAAAAGAAAAUGAAAAAAAAAAAAAAAACCCCACAAACUUUAAAGAAAAGCAAAUUUGCCAAGGUUUAGCUGCAUUUACAUUAGUGUGUGCAUUCGUUCAGCCCCAUGGUGGCGAACAUUACUUCUUUUCCUUCCCAAGGCUGGGAUGCAGCAGGUGUCAGGGACUCAGUGCUAAGUCGAAGCCUCACGCAACGUGCUCCUUUCGCCUCCCUGAAACCAUCUUAACAUGGAAGUCUCAGCUACUCUGAGGAAAGGAAAUAGAUUUUGUUUUUUGAAAUCGAUUGGGAUCUAAAGCCUGAAAUAAAUAUUCAUACUUUACAUAGAACUGAGCACUUGGUUGCUAUUUAUUUUAAAGGCAGGGUUAUUUUUUUUUCCCACCAGGGUGUGGGGCGAGUGGGGAGGAUAUGGGAAUUAGUGUGUGGAUUUGUAGUGAUGGGAACAAUUAAGAAAUAACUAUGCCAAUGCUGGUUGUUGCUGCUGGAGGCAAAGCCAACACUACUGCUGCCCACUGCUGGGAGAGGAGACACCUGUCGUACACAUCCCACUGCCUUCCCUCCAGAACUACUCUCAUGGGGUUUGGUUUGUUUAAGUAGACACUUUUAAUUACUCAGUAUUAAUCCUAGGUGCAUGUGUUAAGAUUUUGGUUUCCAUUGAGCUGCUUAUACCAAUAGCGAUAAAUGUGGAUGUGAGACAUGA